AUGGGAUCCUCAGAUUGUCAGCGCUCUAGAUCAGAGAGAUCUCCUUUCUUGUCCGACAAAUCAGCCAAGGUCUUUGUAGCCGGCCAUCGUGGACUCGUGGGUUCUGCCAUCGUCCGGAAGCUCCAGUCUCUGGGGUUCGCCAACCUCCUACUCCGAACCCACUCUGAGCUCGAUCUCACUCGUCAAGCCGAUGUGGAGUCAUUCUUUGCUGCUGAAAAGCCAGACUUUGUGAUCCUGGCAGCUGCCAAAGUCGGUGGCAUUCACGCCAACAACACAUACCCUGCGGAUUUCAUAGCCAUUAAUCUCCAGAUCCAGACCAACGUCAUCGACUCUGCUUACAAGCAUGGCGUCAAGAAGCUCCUCUUUCUGGGCUCAUCCUGCAUCUACCCGAAACUGGCCCCUCAGCCUAUCCCGGAAGAGGCUUUGCUCACUGGGUCUUUAGAGCCGACGAACGAGUGGUAUGCGGUGGCCAAGAUCGCUGGCAUCAAGAUGUGUCAGGGUUACAGGAUUCAGUACAGCUGGGAUGCAAUCUCUGGGAUGCCAACGAACUUGUACGGACCCAACGACAAUUUCCACCCUGAGAAUUCACACGUCUUGCCAGCAUUGAUGAGGAGGUUUCACGAGGCGAAGGUGAAUGGCGCGAAGGAAGUGGUGGUGUGGGGGACGGGGAGCCCGUUGAGGGAGUUCCUUCAUGUGGAUGAUUUGGCUGACGCGGUGGUUUUUAUGAUGGAGGAGUACAGUGGGUUGGAGCAUCUCAAUGUUGGGAGUGGGAAGGAAGUGAGCAUUAAGGAGCUUGCAGAGUUGGUGAAGGAAGUAGUUGGGUUUGAAGGGGAACUUGUUUGGGACAGCUCGAAGCCAGAUGGAACUCCGAGGAAGUUGAUGGAUAGCUCGAAGCUGCUGGGAAUGGGUUGGAAGCCGAAGGUUUCGCUUAGGGAUGGCCUGGUUGAUACUUACAAGUGGUACACAGCCAAUGCAGUAACCAAGCAAUGA